AUGGGACGAUCCGCGUCGGGGAAAACACGAUGGGCUUGUGAAUGGCGUGCGGUAUUUCACUACGAGCACUCCGAAAGGAGGAUCUCUGACGACAUCGAUGAAAAUGUUUUUGUUGUUAGCACUAAGGCGGUGGAGUUAGUUGGAAUGCAGUCCACUUCUAUGAAGCAGAGCAAUGUCUAUCGGUUAUGUCACAUCGUUUUGGAAGGCUGUUGUGUGGCGAAGCCACCCCCUCGAACCUGCGCUCCGUUCAAAAUAUGUGUUUCACUAAAUCUGUUCAACAAUCUUCUUCGACGUUGGGAUGAUGUUCAUGAGAUUCUGAAAUAUUUUCCAGCUUUAAAAGAACUAGAUUUGAGGAAAAAUCAUAUGGAGCAAGCAGAAGCAGGACCUCCAUGGCAAGAUGUUGAUCAUUUGCGUGAUCUAAUCGUCAGCGGUUGCGAAUUGACGUCGGAAUCGGCGUUCAACAUUCUUCAUUUUCUGCCAAGGUUGCAAAACAUUUUCGCCGUUGCGAAUCGGUUCACAAGCUUCCGUAUACCCAAUUUGGCGGAGAAUAUCACAAGUCUUGACAUUGGAAGUAAUCCCAUCCGAUGCUUCUCUAAUAUUUCUGGAAAUCUCAACAGGCUAGAAAAACUGAGUGUUGCUGAUUGUAACAUGGAGAAGAUCGUGCUUAGAGAUGAUCAAUUCCCCAAUCUUUGUAUUCUGAACAUUAAAGACAACUUGAUUUCAGAAUGGAGUUCUAUUAAUCAACUUCAAAAAAUACCGAAACUUUCUGUUCUUUACAUGGAUUGCGAAAAUCUAAAUUGCGUUUCUGGUAUUGACGUGCAUGAGGUAGUUAUCGCCAAAUUAUCUGGCUUGAUUGACUUGAAUCGCUUCCAAGUGAGCUCUGUUGAGCGGCAGUCAGCGGAAGUGAGAUUUCUGGAUAAGUAUUUCACUGUUGAAGAAGAUCUGAAGAAUGAUCAUGUGGGGGAUAUCGAAAGACUAAAGAAGAUCCACGGAACAGGUGCUGCCGCUACCAAAAGUCGUGGAUUAGAUGUCUUAGCAAUGUCGAUUUGUUAUGAGGGGAAAACUGUAAAAAGACGUCUGCCGUUAGCAAUCACAGUCCAAAAACUGACAGAAAUGGUUGGGAGAGUGUUCUCAGUAAAUGAAGUGAACUUGAAGUUGAAGCUUGACAAGGGAGAGUAUCAGGUGGAACUGGACAAUCCCAUGAGGCCACUUGAUUUCUAUUCACCAGAGCCUGAUGAUGUUAUUCCCCAAGCAUCUGCAGAACAGGAGCUGUCAUGUGAAUCGUACCAGGCCGCACUGAAAUCGGAUACAGCACCAAGACCUAGUGUAGAACUUUCCUGCAUCUGGUCUGUUUUGAAAGCCAUGUCUUCCCAAUCUAUUGUUAAACCAACGCCGAAACACGUCUACAUACACCUUAUUCGCUGUGGUGUUCGACUUUCUGCUAAGAACAGAACUGUUUGUUCCGCUAUUAUGAUGAUGCAUCGACUUCUAGAAAGGGAGAUUGGUUCAAUUGUCUGCAAUUACACACUUGCCACAACAUGUCUUGUACUGGCAACGAAGUCGGAAGAAGACCGCGAUAUAGGCGUUCGGGAUGCCAUCAAUGCGAGCCAUCGCAUCCUGCAUCCGGAUGGUGAUCCAGCAAAACUGGAUGACUACAUGUACGAAGUGAGAAAAGGAAUAUCAGAGCUCACAUUUGUAGUUAUUCGUGAACUAAAUUUUGACCUCAGUUUUGGCCACCCCUUCGAUUUACUCGCUGCAUAUAUAGAUAUACUACGGUCUUGGAUGCCAAACGAGUUCUUACAACAUCCUAUUGCUGAUUCUUGUAGCACAAUGCUACGAGAUUGCUAUUCCAACCCAGAUUUUGUGUUGUCACAUUCUUCUUCAUCUCUCGCCAUAGCUGUAAUCUCCCUUGUUCUAAAAGGAAUUGACAUUGAUGUCCCCUAUAGUCGUGACUGGUACGAAGUACUUCACAAAUCGAUGACAGAACAAAGACUUCGGAAAAUUGAAGGUGAAAUCGUUCGAGAUGUGUAUGGAUUAGAGCUACGCAAUGAGUAA